CAGAGCAUGUCACUGCUGUCUCCGUCUCCGUCAAGGAUAAGCUGACGUUGAGUCUGGGUGUGGCGGUUGGCUCCAGCAUUGUGUGUCGUACUCUUAUCGUCUCAAUGCUUGACUCAUUCUUUUCAGCAAAUCGCGCUCUUUGUCAUUCCCUUCAUCGUGGUCCUCGGCUGGAUCCUCGGCAAGCCGCUGACCAUGCUCUUCGACCCGUUCGA